UCCUAACUCCUGUCUAACUUCUUUUAUUAGCUCAAUGACUUUCUUGCCGUCAUUUGCACCUUAGUGAAUCGUUUCCACCUCUGUGAUGUAAGACUGAUCCUCAACUUCCACCAUGAUCCAGACAGGAAACUUGAACGAGAAAAGUUACAUCUUGGACACGAGACACUUCUCUGAGGAUAGGGGCAGCAGUAUCGACUCGAAUGAAAAUGCCUUCGAUGACAUGAAACAACUAAUAAGUGAAGAAGAAAAUGAAAGAACGAACACCUUACCAUGGGCCAGCUUUAAUUUCAUAAACUCCAUAAUAGGCAGCGGCGUUAUAGGUAUUCCAUAUGCUCUUCACGAAGCAGGCUUCGGAUUCGGGAUGCUUCUUCUGUUCUUCGUUGCGUACAUCACCGACUACUCCUUAAUUCUGAUGGUGAAGAGUGGCCACCUCAGCGGAAAAUUCUCCUACCAGGGAAUUAUGGAGGCUGCCUUCGGAAAACCCGGUUACAUUUUACUUGGAAUUCUGCAAUUCGUGUACCCUUUUAUCGCUAUGGUGUCCUACAACAUCGUGGUGGGAGACACAGUCACCAAAGUUAUAGUUCGACUCACAGGCAUCGACAAAGCUUCAACCUUCGCUAGAAGGGAGUUCAUAGUGCUGGUAGCCUCCCUCUUCAUUACCAUCCCUUUGUGCUUGUACAGAGACGUGGCGCGGUUGGCGAAAAUCUCCUUCCUCAGCUUGGUCUGCAUAGCCUUCAUCUUGUUCUCCAUCUUCCUCAGGAUCGGACCAAUCAGUGACAUCGUGCCUCAACAUCCUCAAUCAUGGAGUUUCUUUAACAAUGACAUAAUCCCAGCUAUUGGAAUAAUGGCUUUUGCUUUUAUGUGCCACCAUAACACCUUCCUUAUUUACGGUUCCAUAGCAGACCCUAACCAGAAAAAAUGGGAAAUAGUGACUCAUGCUUCAAUUUUGACUAGUUUGGUGGUGGCAGUGCUCUUUGGUAUUGCUGGGUACGCCACGUUCAAAGCCUACUCGCAAGGUGACUUGUUGGAGAACUACUGCUGGGACGACGACUUGAUGAACGUCAGUCGUCUUUUGUUUAGCGUUCAAAUUCUCCUCACUUACCCGAUCGAGUGUUUUGUGACUAGAGAGGUCAUCGAAACCUCGGUCUUCGGUAGAGAUCCCAACGUCCCUUUGUCAGAGAAGAUGCACUAUUUGCUCACUCUGGGCAUCGUAGCCACCACUUACUUCAUAUCCAUAACGACAGAUUGCUUGGGAAUGGUCUUGGAGCUAAACGGUGUUUUGGCCGCGGUGCCCCUAGCCUACGUCCUACCGGCUCUCUGCUACUUGCAGCUGGAAGAGGGCUUCAUUCUGUGCAGGCAGAAGCUACCUGCGUUGGGUGUGGUGCUCUUUGGUCUCACAGUGGCCAUUUUGGGUGUUAUUUUUCUUAUUGUUGAUUUCGAAAAAGUACACACUUGCUCGCACGGAAAGGCGAUGGAGUAUUGUCUCGUGAACAACACUACCAACACCAGCAUGGUUGACUAGAUUUAAAAUUUGCCGAGAAAGUCUUGUUUUGUUGCACAGAUACCUACUUGAUGUUGCGGAUUCUGUCCAAGGUGAUGCUGGAAAAGGUUGGGUCAUACCAUAGGUGUUAUUUUAAAUCAUUGAAACGAAUCUUUCUCUAUUUUUAAUAAUAUUAGGGCUAAUACGAAGAUUCAUAAAACAAAUAAAGAAUACUAAUAGAGUUGUGUGUUCCGCCAGAAUAUUAGAAAUGGACGAAGUAAAUUACACGGGCUAAUAAAUUGUGAGCCAAAAAAAAAGACUAUACUUUCCUGAAGAUGUGAACAUUUCGAUGCGCUGGUUCCGAAUCUAUUUUCAGAAUUGCUUUAUCACAUCAGGUUUUAGAGACAACUUAACCUAAAAUACGGUUUUUCGCAAAGAGAAAAAAAUUGAGUUACAAACAUCUAAAUUUUUACUGGUUCUUCAGGUUUUCGAGGUCGCUGAAGCCAGAAUUACAAAAUUCACAAUGACAUUUUUUUAUUCCAUUCGAUAUGUUGGAUCCAAAAACCUGAAGAACCAGUGGGAAUUUAAGUGCUUGUAAUUUGAUACUUCUCUCCCUCUCUCUUUCAACAGACGAUUUCUCGAAGAGAAAAAAAAAGAUAUUCGAACGAUUCAAAAUGGAUUUUAAAGGGGAAGAGUAGUACUUUCAGAUGCCGUAACGAGUUCUGUGGUGGUGAGGGGAGGGGGUAAUUGCCUCGUGAUGUAAUAUAACCUCAAAUAUAACGAAAGGUAUUUUUAGCAGUUUUAGGUUAGGUUAUCUCGAAAAUCUGACGUGAUGGAACAAUUUUGUGAUGGGAAUCGGAUUCAGUGCGUCGCAUACCUUUGGAAAAGUAGAGCCAGGUGUGAUUUAAUUUUUUUUCUUUUCAAUGGUUUUACCUUAUACGAAAACACCUUGGCUUGGACUGCAUCUCGCAAAGUAUCUGUGCUGUGAAUUAAACAUUUCUCCUUGGCUAAAUUGUUUCAUAGUGUAUAUACAACAAAAUUUGCUGGAGCAAGCAAAAGAUGAAAACAUCUUGAAAGAAAGUUUUUUAAUUAUUUGGAUUAAGUUUAAGUUUACGAAUCUACUAAAUUUUGGAUACAAUGUGUUCAAACACAUUUUUUUAAGUUUCAAGCUUAAAUACUAACGACCAGGAAGGGAUGUGACUAGUAUAAGUAUUAUUAAAUCAAUUAAUCCAAAGAUAUACAGUGAGACAAUGUAAUUUUGAUAAAAAAAUACGACUGGUAACUCUAACGAGCAACAUAGAUGUGUUGAUGUUUUAUUUUUAUAUACAUUUAUUUCUUUUUCGUAUUUUAAGCCACUUGUGUCAACAAGGUGUAAACAAUCAAGAUUAACAGAGCUUAAUAAAAGGAGAAAAUAUUUAAUCAAAACUAUAAAUUAUAAAAGAAUAUAUAUAAACAUGAGUAUUAUUGUAGUAUAUAAUAUACAUAACAAAUAUUAUUUUUCAGGGAUAUAUUUAUUGUAAAAUAGGUCUAAUUUUUGAUGCUAUGUACAGAAUUUAGGUUUAAGUUGUUUAUUUGUAUUUGAGGUUGUUGUCAAAGCUAAUUAGGAAGUGGUUGGGGAUUUUGCGAAACUGCGAAUUUAAUAGCUUUCUUUUAGAAGUAUUUUAAUAAUUGUUUUUAUUAACAGAAAUUUUUAAAAUACACAGUUUUUGCGAUGUCUCCAGCUAACCCUUGAUUUUUGUACAUAAUGUUGCUUACAUUUAAAUAUAUAUAUAUACAGGGUGGAUCGUGGUUACCACGUUGUGUUGCACAUUAUGAAUAAACAAACUAGGAAACUUUCAUACAGCCUUGUAUUUGUGAUAUUUCUUAUACAUCUUCAAUUUUUUCAUUCUUCUUUAUGUUCACUUCGAUCUACCCGUGCCAUUUCUCUCAAAAAUCUUGUUGCCAAAUAUAUUUGUGAUUUUAGAGUAGAAAAUCUUUAUUAUAUAAAUGCUGAACCCAGGACGAAGAGGCAUUGGUAAUUUUUGCGUUAGCAAUCGUGCCUCCAGUUCAAAUCUGAUAGAAAAAAGGUUACUCCUGCCUUCCCUGGGACGUGCUUCUGUCUAUUUAAACUGUAAAUUAGUAAAUAAAUCGCAGCCACAUUUAUUUACUAACGUAAAGACUAUACAAAUAUUCUUAUCGGUGUAGGAAUAUGAAAUAGUUUUUUAACUGAUAUACGGGGUGUUCUUAAGAUAUACCAACAUAAUAAUAGCAUACCGGCCCCUCCCACACACAUGUUAUUCAGUCCCGAGCUGGUUUUUAGGUUAGAAUGAGGGGUAGGGAUGUUAACUAUUAUUAUUAUAUUCUAUUUAAAUCUUAAAAUUAAAAUAAUCAAAAGAAUGAA